AUGACAUUUAUCUGUAGAUCUGUAUAUGGUGAGAAAGCUACGGAAUUGCCAGAAAGGACAAAUGAAAUGGCAGGAGUUUAUGCAAGGCAAUGUGUUGAGUUAGCAAAGGACCUAGGAAUUCGUUCCAUUGAUAUAUGGUCCGCGAUGCAGGAAGCAGAGGAUUGUGAUGGCUUGCACCUGACACCAGAAGGUAAUGUUGUAGUCUAUCAAGAAGUUAUAAGAGUGUUCAAUGAUGCAUGGCUCUCUGCUGCAGAAAUGCCAUAUGAUUUCCCUCACCACUCCGAAAUUGAUGGAAAGAACCCUGAAAAAGCUUUCCAACAACGAUGCAUAUAA